UAAAAAAAGAGUAAGUUUAAUCGAGAUUAAUUUGCAUUGAAAAACAGCAAGGAGCGUGUCCGUGUCGACCAAUCAGAAUUCGUAAUCACAAUCGUAAGUUUCAAAAUGGCGGUCUUGCGUUUUCAAUAAUUCUCGACUGUGAUUGGUCGAUUCGCGUUUAUCCGAGCUGUGUGCCGCUUCCCCUUUUAUUCCGGUAGGGAAAUUCGAUUAGUUGAGGACGCAUCGCGCGUCAGCUUCUCUCUGUGCCCAAUAGCGGCUAAAUUCACGUCUGUUCGACCGAUCGCUCUCGCACAUGGCGGCCAUGUUUUAGGACGCGUUUACCAACCACGGCGUCUCGCGCGAGUCGAGCCAAUAUUUUCCGAUAAUCAAUCGAAUUUGCAUUUGUAAAGCAGGCGUCGCGUAAAAUCAUCGCGCGCCGGUCAAUCGAAUCCCGCCGUAAUUGAUAACAUUGCUCUCGCUACAGUCGAUAUACGGGUUUUUCGCCGUACGAUGGACGUGCGCCCAGUGCACCCACGGCCAACUUCAGAGGUGUGUCAUGUUUGCGCUCGGCGCGUUGCUUCGUGAUCGGGAUCGUCGUUUUACGCUGUCGGGAAUCUAUGAAAGAUGUUGUCGCUAGGCCCGAAAAAGGACGGCGGACCCAACGCCAAGUUCUUCGAGGCGCCGGAAGUUCUCACCCAGCUUGAUGGUGUUAAGCAGUGGCUGCUCAAGAACUGCAAGAAGUAUGUACAAACGGAUCCGCCCACUAACAAGAGCUUAGCCACGUUGCUGGUGCAGCUUUUGCAGUUUCAGGAGGACAAUCUCGGAAAAAAUGUGUCAAAGCCACCUAUGACUAGGCUUCCAAUGAAAUGCUUCCUGGAUUUUAAGCCUGGCGGUGGAGUGUGUCAUAUAUUAGCUACUGCUUAUCGUUUUAAGCAGGAACAAGGAUGGAGGCGCUUUGAUUUUCCCGGUGGAAAAUCGGGAUCCCGUAUGGAUCGUACGGUGGACAUGCUGGUGGCGGCGGAACGUGCUUUAAUACAGAAUAGAUGUAUGACUGUACCAAGUAUUUUCGUGAGACCGGAUGUCGACAAAAACACAGCUGCGAAAGUAAAAGAUGUAGUUAGAAAGCAUCAGGGGACUGUCGUGGAGAAUGAGGCGGAUGCUACACACAUUAUCUAUCCUCCAGUAGAUCCGAUGGAAGAGGAAUACGCGCGACCCUGUAUGAGACGCGAGCGAUCGGUUCUAAUUCAUUGGUACUACUUUCCAGACAGUUAUGAUUCUUGGUUGACACUGGAUCUUCCGUGGGAUUAUCCCGAAGGGACUUACACAAACACAAAUUCAAGAUCAAUGUAUAAAGUAUCGGCUACAUGGGCGUUAGACUUAGAUCAAUAUAAUGAGUGGAUGAACGAGGAAGAUUACGAGGUAGAUGAUAGCGGUCAGAAAAGAGUACACAAAUACAGGCUCUCGGUGGAAGAUUUGAUGGCACAGCCAUCACAUCCGCCACCCGCGAAGAAACCUAAGAGGAAACGAUCGCCCAGCCCACCUCCAAAGCUCGGCAAGCGUAAGAGUAGCAGAGCACCGUCGGGUAUUCAAAGCGCUUCUUCCGCGUCAUCGACAACGGUCCCAAAGAAAUCACGCGGCGGCGAGGAAGAGGAAGAUUUGACUCAAGGAAUGGAGGAUCCGCCUGCCGAACCUCGUAUCGUCGAGGUGGUUGCUACGCCCGCAAAUCCACCGAUCGCAGGCCAAGGCAAUGCAACAACGGGUAACUCCACCUUGGCGUCUACCGGUAGUAAAAAGCAAGAUAGCGAACUUCAACCUCUCAAAUCGGGCAAUUUAACCGAUCUUGAUGAACAAAUGGAAGGAGACAAAGGAAGCUCUCAAGGUGGACAAGAUAGAGAAGAGAGAGAUACUAGUAAAGAAAGAGGUGAAGGUGGCAAAGGUGAUGAACCGGAAGACAAUGUGACGGAACAGACGCAUCAUAUCGUUGUUCCUAGCUAUUCCGCCUGGUUUGAUUAUAAUUCGAUUCACACCAUAGAGAAGCGAGCUUUAUCAGAAUUCUUUAACGGUAAAAAUAAGUCCAAGACUCCGGAAAUUUAUCUUGCGUAUCGGAAUUUUAUGAUCGACACUUAUCGAUUAAAUCCAACGGAAUAUAUUACAUCUACCGCCUGCAGGCGGAAUUUAGCUGGGGACGUAUGCGCGAUAAUGCGCGUGCACGCAUUUUUGGAACAAUGGGGACUUAUUAACUAUCAAGUAGACGCAGAGUCCAGACCGACGCCAAUGGGACCUCCACCGACAUCGCACUUCCACGUUCUGUCGGACACACCAUCCGGUUUGGCACCGGUCAAUCCAAAUCCGCCGAAAACGCCGCAGCCAUCCGCUGCAAAGAUGUUGCUCGACUUGGAGAAGAAGCCGAGCGUGACGGGUGCCCUGGGUUCAGAGGAGAAGGCUUCGGCGGGCGCAAUGGCAAAUUUCGGUCUGAAAAUCGACCAGUAUUCGAGGAAACCGGCAGUCCUAAAAAACAAACAAGCGGCAGGUGCCACGCGCGAUUGGACAGAACAGGAGACACUUUUGCUAUUGGAAGGAUUAGAAUUGCACAAGGACGAUUGGAACAAAGUAUGCGAGCACGUGGGCUCGAGGACGCAGGACGAGUGUAUCUUGCAUUUCUUACGUUUACCUAUAGAGGAUCCAUACUUGGAAGAAGGCGGUCCCGAAGGGCUGGGCCCAUUGGCUUACCAACCGGUACCGUUUUCGAAAGCCGGUAAUCCUGUUAUGAGUACAGUCGCCUUCCUUGCAUCGGUCGUGGAUCCUAGAGUAGCUGCGAGCGCGGCAAAGGCAGCUAUGGAAGAGUUUGCCGCGAUAAAGGAUCAAGUACCAGCUGCAUUAAUGGACCAGCAUUUACGAAACGUUCAAGCUAGCGCUAAUUCAGACGGUAAAUUUGAUCCAGCGGCGGGGCUAGCACAAUCGGGCAUCGCUGGCACAGGACCGCCUGAACCGCCUGACGAUACAGCGGCUUCUACCACGACAACGACCCCGUCCGUACCUACGGGCGCGGCUAGCUCUCCUCAUUCCACGGCGCCGACUCCCGAAGCGAAGAAAGAGGAACAAGAUAAAGCUAAAGAUGCUAUGGAAGUCGAACAAUCUCAGGUAGAUGUUACGAAGAAAGAGGAUGAAUCAAAGGAGGGCGAAGAGGACACAAAGUCUACCACUGAUCCAGAGGCUGCUGAAGCGAAGGAGAAGAAAGACAAGGUCGUAAGGGACGCUCAACUACAGUCUGCAGCAGCAGCAGCAUUAGCGGCCGCAGCUGUUAAAGCCAAACAUUUAGCAGCUGUGGAGGAACGCAAGAUCAAGUCGUUGGUCGCGUUGCUAGUCGAAACUCAAAUGAAGAAACUGGAGAUUAAAUUGCGUCACUUCGAAGAAUUGGAAACCACGAUGGAGCGUGAACGCGAGGGUCUUGAGUAUCAGCGGCAGCAGCUCAUCACCGAGCGGCAGCAGUUUCAUCUCGAGCAACUGAAGGCGGCCGAGUUUAGGGCACGACAGCAAGCUCACCAGCGACUGGCUCAGGAACAACAACAGCAACAACAGCAGCAACAACAGAAUCAACAACAUCCACCUUGGCAACCGCCUGGUGCGCAGCAGCAGCAGCAACAGCAGCAACCGCCAAGUCCGCAGGCUCAACCGCAACAACAGCCGCCACCGCACACGCCACCGCAGCAGACAUAACUCUUUUCUGGAUCUUUCGGCGGCUGUUCCGGAUUGAGAACGCGCAAGGAGGACAUCAGAUGGGAAUGAUAAUGCUGGAGAAGCUGUGUCAUGUAAGCCCGCCUAACAACACCACU